AAUGUCACCUUCAAACAAUAAUUUAUUUUUCUAGUCUAGUUUCGUUUCAUUUAGAUAAAAACUUAAAUUUCAAUUUCAUACGAAGGUACAUCAUAAUUAGUCUAUUUCAGUGAGGUAUUUUUGAAUGUCCUUUUUAUCAGAGGGAAAUGUGAGAGACGUUAUGGUAAAACUAAAAACUUUCAUAAAAUAUCAUUGAAUAUGAGUUAUCAGGAUGAAUACGUGGGUUCAUUUCCAAAGGACUUUAGCUACGGCCCCUUUGAACAGAAUGGAGAAAAUGACACUGCCUCUCUUCAGGAGGACCAUAAGCCUCGUAUACUUCUUAUGGGCCUCAGACGGUCUGGGAAGUCAUCCAUACAAAAAGUUGUUUUUCACAAAAUGUCACCGAAUGAAACCUUGUUUUUAGAAUCUACUAACAAAAUUGUUAAAGAUGAUAUAAACAACAGUAGCUUUGUGCAGUUUCAAAUAUGGGACUUUCCUGGACAGAUUGAUUUCUUUGAUUCCACAUUUGAUUCUGAUACAAUUUUUGGUGGAUGUGGUGCUUUAGUAUUUGUUAUUGAUGCACAGGAUGAUUAUCAGGAUGCACUGGAAAAAUUGCAGUUGACUGUGACCAAGGCCUAUAGAGUAAACAGUAACAUAAAGUUUGAAGUUUUCAUCCACAAAGUUGAUGGUCUAAAUGAUGAUUAUAAGAUGGAAUCACAAAGAGAUAUACAUCAUAGGGCUACUGAAGACCUUCAAGAGGCAGGCCUUGAUCAUGUUCAUUUGUCAUUUCAUUUGACCUCUAUUUAUGAUCACUCCAUAUUUGAAGCAUUCAGUAAAGUUGUCCAGAAGCUGAUCCCACAAUUACCUACUUUGGAAAAUCUUCUGAAUAUACUCAUAUCAAACUCUGGAAUUGAAAAGGCAUUCCUCUUUGAUGUAGUUUCCAAGAUCUACAUCGCGACAGAUAGUUCUCCUGUAGAUAUGCAGAGCUAUGAAUUGUGCUGUGAUAUGAUUGAUGUUGUUAUUGAUAUUUCAUGUAUAUAUGGGAUGGUAGAUGAAACUGAAGUAACCACUACAUUUAACAGUCAAAGUUCAAGUCUUAUAAAGCUGAACAACGGAACUGUUCUGUACUUGCGUGAAGUUAACAAAUUCCUAGCGCUUGUUUGUAUUCUCCGUGAAGAAAACUUCCAAAAGCAAGGUGUUAUCGAUUACAACUUCUUGUGCUUUCGUGAUGCCAUAACUCAAGUGUUUGAGUUGCGGAACAAAGCUCAAAAUGCAGCUAAAGACCAAUCCGACUUAGAUGACUUACCGAAUGGCGCAAGAGAAUCACCAGAUAAUGCAAUAGAAAAUUUACAAGCUCAGAUCCCAUAGCACAACGAGCAACAUAUAUCAUCAUUAUUUUGUUGUAUAAAGUCUGAAGUGUAAACUGUAGAAAGACCUUAUCUUUAAAAUAUGAUUUGUUUA